AUGCAAAUAUUCGUAAAGACACUCACCGGUAAGACAAUAACCUUAGAAGUAAAUAAUAAUGAUACAAUUGAGAAUGUUAAAAUGAAAAUACAAGAUAAAGAAGGCAUACCCCCUGACCAACAGAGACUAAUAUUCGCAGGAAAACAGUUAGAAGACGGCAGAACCUUGUCAGAUUACAAUAUCCAGAAGGAAAGUACGAUACAUUUAGUACUAAGACUAAGGGGAGGUGUUAUAACUGAUACAGAUAGAGUAUUUGUGACAAUGGAAAGAACAAAGAUACUUAUAUGCAGAGGAUGCUAUUCUAGGAAUAGUAUUAGGGCGACGCAUUGCAGGAAGAGUGGAAUAUGCGGGAAUUCAACGAAUUUAAGACCAAAGAAGAAGUUAAGAAAGACAAAGUAA